CUCGCCAGUAGCUCCUGGCCAGCUUGCUGCUCCACACUGCUCACACUCUCCCACUCGCUCUCUCUUUCUCUCUGAGGCUGAGACGCCUCCCCUCUUCCUCCUCCGAGCGAAACGAGAGAAAAACCCUAACCUCUCCUCUUGACCAUGGAGGAUCCCCCGAGCUAUCUCCUUGAGAGCCACCGCGGGACGGCGGUCUCCAAGAAGACCCCCAACGGGGCGGCGAGAUCUGCCUAUGCCAACGUCUUUCCGCCGGCCUUCCCCGCCGGGCCGGAGGACUACGCCGAGAUCUUUGGAGGCCUCGCUACCUCCUGCUCCAUCCCCGUGCUCGACCUCCCGCCGGCGAGCGACGGCGACGACGACGCUCUGUCCGGCCCCCGGAGCUCCGGCUUCGACUACGCCGACAUCUUCGGGGGCUUCGACGUCGGAGGCUUCGCCGUAUCCUACGAAGAGCUGGUGGCGGAGUCCAAGAGGCCAGAGAAGAAGACUCUCUCCUCGAACGAGAGGAUCCCAAAAGAAACAGGUUUCCACCAGCAGACAACAGAAAUUUCUGAUUUGCCUUCUGAAGGACCCAAUGGGAGUAAUGUUGCAUGCCUGGAAAGGGAUCAAAUCUUGUCGGAUUCCUAUAGUUCAAAUGAUGGAUCAAUUCAAUACGACAUGCCACAUCACAAGACAAGUCGAGUAAGCAAGGAGGAUUCUGUAAAUGGGAAAGCACAUGUAACUCAAUCUCAUGCUUUUCCUGGAUCUAUUUUUGUAGCUGAUGCAUGCCCCCCCUCACAAAAUAUAGAAAGUGAUGACCAUGCAAAUAUGGUGAAUAAUGAUCUCAGAUUCAGUCGGGAUUUUGAUGGGGGGAAAACAAAAGGAAAACAAGAGAAAAUCUUUUCACAUGUCUCUUCCAGUGGUGGUGCAAAAUGCUUUGAACGUGACAUGUUAGAAGAUCAGAAACAUUUCACUGAUAGACCUCUUGCAUCAGAAGACAGACCUACAAAUGCAAGGAAUCACUCACGCUCUUCGAGCUAUCAAUCAACAUCCAGUGGAGAAAUAUCUCAACCUAAUUACACCUUUUUAACUGUAUCUGACAUUAGCCUUCAGACACAACCCUUGAAAGUGCCACCGCCAUCAAGACCACCACCUAAAGCAGAUAGUAAGCAGGGACCCUUGAAAACGAAGAUGCCUGCAAAUCCAAAAGCUGAUCUAGAUCAAGGAAAUGUAUAUCACAAAAUGCUAAAUCAUCAAACUCGCCAUGGCGGGGAUUCUUAUAAGAACCAUGUACUUCAAGAAGCUGCAAAAGAGAAUUCAUCUUAUUGCUUUGAUGUGGAGGUGGAUGCUAGCUCAGCUGCUGCCGCAUCUGCCGCUGCCAUGAAAGAAGCAAUGGAACAAGCACAGGCUAGACUGAAAAGUGCAAAAGAGUUGAUGGAAAGAAAACGGGACAACUUUCAAAGCCGCAAAAAGCUUGGUCGCUAUGAUGUAAACUGUAAGGAGAGGAAGGAAUAUAUAGCUGCAGAAGAAGUAAGAAGUUUUACUGAAGGGAUGACUCAAGAGACCAUAUUAAAGGAGGAUAGAGAGGUAAAUUAUGUAACUGUCAAGGAAAAACAGGAAGCCAUAAAAGCACCCAUGGUAACUCCAGAUCAUGAAGAUAAGGAAACAAAUACAGCAUCAACUGAAAAAGCCAGACAAACAACGGCCCAAAGAGAAACCAGAUCGUCUCAACCAUUGAAUAAAUUGGAGGAGAGGAAUGGCAAGUGGAAAGUAGAUAAACAAUUCUAUGAGCUGAUAAACAACGCCGAAGAAUUCAAAAUUGUUGAUGAUGUCUCUCAGCAGGAAGGCUUUGAGAAGAAAUCGAUAACAGCAGUAAAGGCCAAUGAAGACAAGGUAAAUGAGACUGAAGCACCCCAUGAUUUUAGAACUGUUCAAGAGAUCUCUGAGCACAAAUGCUUCAGUAACAAAUUAGAAAUAUUGAACAAGGCCAAUUGUGAUAGAGAAUAUGAGGGUGAAGUGGCAAAACUGGUGCAUGAGCACAAAAGGAAUGAGAAGUUGCAUGCCGUUGAGUCUUGUGAAUGGGGUGAGAGCACCAAUAAGCAUGGAGCCAGAGUUAUGGCUGCCAGCGAGGAGGUAGUCAAGGAGAUACUAAAUGCAAUACCAGAUGCUUCUGUUCAAGAACAAAAUAACAAUGAACUAGAGGUACCUUCAGAGGUUUGUGUGCCACAAGAAAAUGAAAGUAGCCUAAAAGAUGUUCUCCAUUUUGGGCAGCAAGGGGAAUCUGAGAAGAAACUAAAGGAGGAGGAAGAACUCCAUUGUUGUGCAGAGAACAAAUCAAAUGAUGCUGAAGAAGCUUUUCCAUGUGAAGAUGAGGAUGGGGAAUCAAAAGCUUUUCAGGAGGCUUGUCGAACUGAUGGGGUUUAUCAAUGUGAAGGGGAAUAUAAGAAACAGGUUGCUGAUAAAUGCAUAGAUUGUGGAAGGGAAGUGAAUGCAAAAUUUGUAACAUCGGAACCUGAUGACUAUGAUUGGAAGAAGUUGGGUGACAGGUCAGGCAGGCAGGAUGAAAACAAUGGGGAGGUUGGUGUGCCUCAUGGAUCAUGCUUCUACAAAGUGGAGGAGAAAAUGGAUGUACCUUCUGAGGCUAGACAAUGUGAAGAAAAUGAAAAGUCAAGCAUACCAGCUAAUGCUUUACGUUAUCAUGAAGUGAAUGAGUACAAAUCAGAAAGCACCAGUGUGACACUCCAGCAGAAGGAAACCAAGAAAUCAAAUGGAAUUCGUGAGUCAUAUGAGUCAGUGAGCAAUGAGAACAUCACCGAAGUUACUCUAGAAGACCUUGACAUGGAGAAAAAUGAGAAGAAACCUGAAGUAGCACUAGAUAGUACUGUUGGAGAUGCAGAGAAUGAAAAGGAAUUGGAAGCUGCAAAAGAGGUCUGUCAGCAACACAACAUUGUAAAUAAAACAAGGGAAGCUCAAAUGGAGCAUCAGCGAAAUGGAAAGAAACAACGAGUAGUGCAGGUGACAGAUGAAGAGGAAAAGUUUGGAAGCAGGUUGACCACGAAUAAAGAAGAGCAAGCACCACGAGAUAUUGAUCACAUUAUAGAAGUUAAGGUGGCAUCUCAUAUGGUGAACUGCAAUAUGGGUUCAAAUGUAGGUCGAGAAGUCUGCCAGGGGGUUGAAAACCAAAACCUGGAAGCUGCCCAACAAGCCACUUUGUUGGAAGAGAAAAGGAACAUAACAAAUCGAGCCCUAGAUGUUACUGAGAGUGGUAUCAAAACGGAGAAUACUACUGCUGACAUGCAGAAAGAAGAUCGAACGGAAAUUGAGGGAAAAAUUGAUAGAAAAACUGAACAGAAGAAAGAGUUGGCAAAGAAGUUAGAAGAAGAAAAAGAGAGAGAGAGGGAAAGAGAAAAAGAUAGAAUUGCUGUUCAAAGAGCUACCCAUGAAGCUCAUGAAAGGGCACUUGCUGAAACGCGGGAAAGGGCAGAAAGGAUUGCCGUGGAGAGAGUCACUGCUGAAGCUCGACAAAGAGCAUUUGCAGAGGCCCGAGAGAAAGCUGAGAGAGCUUCUUCUGAAUCCUCAGAGAAGUCAUUAGCUUCUAGGGAGGCCAAAAUGAGGGCAGAACGUGCUGCAGUUGAGCGAGCUACUGCAGAGGCUAGGGAGCGUGCUGCUGAGAAAGCAGCUGCAGGAGCAAGAGAACGUGCAGAGAGAUCAAGGCAAAAACCUACUGACAUGCAGGAUGCUUCAAAUGGCACACGAAGACAGUCAGGUUUUCUUAAUCAAGCACCCUGUUUGACUGGAAAAUUUGAAGGCACUGAGACUGAAUCAGCCCUGAGGUGUAAAGCAAGGCUAGAGAGGCAUCGACGAACAGUUGAACGAGCAGCAAAAGCCCUUGCAGAGAAGAAUAUGCGUGAUAUGCUUGCUCAAAGAGAGCAAGCAGAGAGAAAUCGGUUAGCAGAGUCCCUUGAUGCUGAAGUCAGAAGGUGGUCGAACGGAAAAGAAGGGAAUUUGCGAGCAUUGCUAUCCACUCUGCAAUAUAUACUUGGGCCUGAUAGCGGUUGGCAGCCAGUUCCAUUGACAGAGGUCAUAACAGCUGGUGCCGUAAAGAAAGCUUACAGAAAGGCUACUCUCUAUGUUCAUCCAGACAAAUUGCAGCAAAGAGGUGCCAGCAUUCACCAGAAAUACAUAUGUGAGAAGGUUUUUGAUCUCCUCAAGGACGCUUGGAACAGAUUCAAUUCAGAAGAGCGAUAACAGUCAUACUGCACAACCUUCCAAUGUAUGGCCUUUUUUUAUUGAUCACUGUGCACUGUCGUAGAUUAUAUAGCAACUAAUUUACAACCCAUCUGCACUUUAAACAUUCCUUUCUGUAUCUUUCCCAGUAGCAUGGAAUUGUUUGGAAGAUCCCUGUCGCAUUAAUUGAAACAUGAAAUUCUGAUGA